AUGAAUGACUCGUUAUCCAUUAUUCCACCACCAUCCGUGAAAUAUGUACGCAGUGAGAGUGUUGAAUCCAAUGGAACAACAAUACAUAUGUUAUCUAAAACCGAUGAAACUCCAUCUGGUUCUGUUGAUACGACAGAUGAUAAUAAAACAUUGACUACAUUUUCAUUUAGUUUGAUUUCAGCCUAUCCAGAUUCAACUGAAUUAAACCUAGUGCCUAGAGCAGAUUUGCAUAAUAAUAAUAAUAAUAAUAAUAAUAAUAACAAUAAUAGUAACACAACGACAUUCUUUCACAUUCAUAAAAACAAGCAAACAUCUAACAAAUCACUUCAUUUAUAUCAAGAGAAAAACGAUAAAUUAUCAUUAUCUAAUUGUCAAGUAUUAAAGCCUAUUAAUCCAGUGAUGAACAACGAUAAACAAUUACCAAUCAUUUUAAAAAAGAGAAAAGAAAGAAGAGGAAGAAAAGCAAAUUCUGAAAAACAUUUGCCAAAAACAACUUCACCAACUGUCAGUUAUACAACUUCUGUCAGUGAUCAUAACGACACAUCUAUCAAUGUAAAUAAAAAUUUAAAUUCAUCUGACUUACCAGUUUUAUCCUUGACGCCUUCAGCCAACAAAAAAUCAUCAUUUUUAUUUUCUUCUUCUUCCUCUUCGUCUCCAUACGUUUGUUCUUCUGUUUCCUUAUUACCUACAACGACAGUGACACUACAUACAGCAACAGUCACAACGACAACAUUUUCAUCACCAUCAUUAUCAUCAUACAUUACAACGGCUACAAAAACUAGUCCUUUCAUUAAACAUAACGUACAAAAUACGAAACGAGAGCGAUCUGUCUCAGAACCAAACAGAAAACUACUUGAUUCAUAUAUAAUUAAACAACAUCGACGUACGCAUGCUCCACCUCUCUCACUCGACAAUUUAAUUCCAAGUAGACCUGUCGAAACCACUUUAUAUGUACCCUUUAGAGAAAUCGAUGAAACAAAUGAGAAAUCAUUAACAAAAUCGCACGAUUCAAUAGUAAUUAUCAAAGAAAAUAGUUCAUAUCCGAUAGAUGAUUAUGACUGUGACUAUGACUACGAUCUAAUAACACCAAGGCAUUAUCAAAAACGAAGACAAGAAACAUAUCAUUAUCAAGAACCUAAUAGACGGAGACCUAAUACAGAAAUAUUUCGAGAUAAUGAUUAUGGCAACAAUGAUACUCAUGGAAUACAACAGCAACAAUCGAAUACAACUCGAAUAAAAUUAAGUUUACCUAAUGAGAUUCGUGAUCUAACUUCCCAUCGUCAUUACGUUUACCCAAAUCAAUUUUCACACGCACACCAUUUAUAUCCCCGAAUUCGUUCUCGAAAACCUCGUCCACGCUCUGCUUCGGGUGAAUUUACUUUACCUACUUGUCCUCCUAUAACAGUGACAAUCGAACCGAACAGUGAAACCACAUCGUUAUGCCGUGAUUCUUUAUCGGCUAGCGGUGGUUUAGCCCAUGUAUGUGAUGAAAAUUGUACCAUGCUAGGCGAAGAUGCUGGUUGUCCGUAUUAUCUCUCAUCGGGAGUAGAGGCUUUAAAAGGUACUGUUAGUGGAUCUUAUUCAUCUUAUCUAACGAAAUAUUUCAUGGAUCUGCUCAAACCAAGUGAUAAUAAGUUGGCCAUGAAAUUGUUUGGAUCGAAGAAGGGUGUGUUAAAAGAACGGUUAAGGCAACAAAGAGCAGGACAUUGUAUUAUUCAUCCAUGCAGUAAUUUUCGCUUUUAUUGGGAUUUGGUAAUGUUAAUAUUGUUAAUAACCAAUGUCAUCGUCCUUCCUGUAGCCAUCGCAUUUUUCAGUGAAGAAAUUCACUCAGCAAAAUGGAUUGGAUUUAAUCUUAUUUCUGAUAUGUUUUUUUUAUUUGAUAUUGUUGUCAAUUUUAGAACAGGAAUACUACAAAAUGAUUAUGUUGACGAAAUCAUUUUGGAACCAAAACAAAUCGCUAUUCAUUAUGCUAAAACGUGGUUUGCUGUUGAUUUACUCUCAUCGUUACCUGUCGACUACAUCUUUUUAUUUAUUGAAACUGGUGAUGGAUCAUAUCAGUUAGCGAGAACAGGACGAGCAAUCAAGGUGCUAAGAUUAGUCAAAUUAUUGAGUCUACUCAGAUUGUUAAGAUUAUCCAGAUUAGUCAGAUAUAUACAUCAAUGGGAAGAAGUAAGUACGAAUGCAGCGCGUAUUUGA